CUUCUUUCCUCUCUGGCUGGCCACCUCUGUUCCACAUCCUCGCCCCCAACCCGUCCCCGAGUGAGAGACGCUCGUUAUCCGCAGCGCUGUCACCGUCAUAACGCGCGCAUCAAGCCAACCGUGCUAACCGCAGAGCAGUGCGACGCUUCGGACAACACAGAGCUCCGUCCGACAUCGCUCCUCCAAGCCGAUCUCCCGAGUGCGGCGCGCGGUUUGAGGUCAGCGACUCCGUCGCCCGCCCCAGCCUGCCACACCGAGGCCAUGGAAGGGGCUCGAAGGAGGAGCGUGGACCUGAACAAGUACUCGAUCUCGGACAUGGCUGACGCCAGCGCCUACAGCAAGAAGAUGCAGGGCAGCACCGACGUGAUAUUCCAGCAGCAGCUUCAGCAGCAGCAGCAGCAUUAUCGGCUGUACCCACCCUGGCUGCAGCGCACGCGCGACGCGCUCCAGCUGCUGCUGAUGAUCUGCAUCCUGGGCGCCCUCGUGCACGUGGCGUGCAACACGCGGCCCGCGAUCAACGCGGCCACCGGCUCCCUAGGGGCCUCCAAGAUGCUCGGCGGUGACGGCGUGGGCGGCGACGUCAAGAUACCGAGCGCGCCUCAUUUUGCGAGCGACUCCAGAGCUGGUCAGGCGGCGUCACCGGAGAGCGCUGGCACGUUGCGAGCGACGGACGAGACCAUCCACGACCUGAUCGUCAGGGUCAAUGAAGGCAAAGUGAAAGAGAUGGGACUCCUAGAAGGAGACAUCAUACCCCCGAAGGCGAAUGCGAUCCGCAGCAUCGUGAGCGACCCUUCGGCGCGGUGGCCCGCGUCCCCCGACGGCCUGGUUCGCAUCCCCUACGCCUUCUCCUCGUACUACAGCCCGGAGAAUCUGGCCGUGUUUGCGCAGGCGUUCCAGGAUUUCCAGACGAAGACGUGCCUCCGUUUCCUGCCACGGACGUCGGAGGCGAGCUACGUCAACUUCUACAACGGCGGCAUGUGCUCCGGGAGCAUCGGCUACCAGCAGCACACAUCGACGGCGGUGUCCAUCAUGCCGGGCUCGUGCACCUACAAGGGCGUCAUCAUCCACGAGACGAUGCACGCGCUCGGCUUCGUGCACGAGCAGUCGCGCACCGACCGCGACGCGCACGUGCGCAUCCUCUUCGCAAACAUCAUGAGCGGGAAGGAGUACAACUUCCAGAUAAUGUCCACCAACAACGCUGUGGGACCGUACGACUACAAUUCCGUGAUGCACUACAGCAAAUACACCUACAGCUCCAACAUGCUGCCCACCAUCGUACCCAUCCCGGAUGACACGGUGCUGAUCGGGCAGAGGGAAGGAAUGAGCACGCUGGACGUAUUGAAGAUCAACAACGCGUACUGUGGGGGGAUCAUACCCCCGGGGGUUACCCUCACCCCACCUUCGGCAGUCACGCCGUGCAACGCCACGUUCAGCAACGUCCAGGGCAACUUCGUGAGCCCCGGCUACCCGGUCGCCUACGCCAAUCGGCUCAACUGCUUCUACAACUUCUCGGCACCGGUGGGACUGCGAAUCGAAGUGACCUUCAGCAUCUUCAUGCUGGAGUUCGGCACCGCCCUCUGCCCCUACGACUACGUCGCCGCAUACAAUGGCCCAGGGCUCAGCUCGCCGCAGAUCGGCAAAUACUGCGGCUCGAAGCCAUCGUUCACCGUCACGUCGAGCGGCAACUACAUGGUCAUACAACUCCACACCGACGGCACCCAAGUCUACCCGGGCUUCAUGGCGAGCUACAGUAGAACCCUCAAUUAGUUUGGGGCUGGGCCUCGUGGUGAUGCUGAUAAUGAGUGAAUGAAAACGAAAAAAAAACCUCAAUAACACUGUACAUAUGCGACGUUUCGGGGGCAAUGGCCCUUCGGCAGCAUCGGCAGACAAUUAUUGGCGUUGCAGGUAGCGGCAUCCUCCGCUUGACCUUGCAGAGGUUCACGGUUUCGGAUCCAGCGGCCGCCCCGAUUAAUGCUGCGGUGCGGAUCGAUUGUAAACAAACAAAAAAGAUUGUUCUCCCCGCGCGCCGUCCGCUUUACUGACGGCGGACGUUAAAGAUCCAACGCCGUCACUCGCAAGACGAGGCCGCUGUGUGCCGUUGUCGUGAUCCAAAUGUGCCAACAUAAUUCAAUAGUCCGUGCACAGUACUCAAUUAGGGUUACGUCAGUUUGGGUUUUUCGCGAA